UUUAAAGCGAUUGGAAAAAGUCCGUUUGAUUGAUGUUAAAAAUCCUGUUGGACUAAAAUCUCGCAUAGAAUCUGUAGUAUCUCGUUUAUCACAUACAUCAACUAUCAAUUCUAAGGAUAUUCAGUUUCUAGGGAUAUGUGGUGAGGGUGGCAUGGGGAAGACAACUAUUGCAGCGGCUGUAUACAAUCGCAUCUUUGAAGAUUUUAGCCAGAGUUGUUUUCUUGAAGACGUUAAAGAGAGAGCCUCACAACCCAACGGUAUAGCUGGUUUGCAAAAAGAUCUUCUUUCCGAUGUCUCUCAGGUGGAAACAGCAAUAUCCAAUUCUAAAAGAGGAUCCCAAUUGAUAAAAGAAAGACUUCAAAAUAUGAAAAUUCUUCUCGUUCUUGAUGACGUGGGAAAUCGUGACCAAUUAGAUGCAUUGGCUCGUGAUCUCAGUUGGUUUGGUGUUGGAAGUAGGAUAAUCAUAACAGCUAGAGAUUAGAGUGUUCUAAGUGGAGUGCCUGAAAAUAAUAGAAAAAUAUUUGAGACUAUGGAAUUGGAUAAGAAUGAGAGUCUUCAACUCUUUAGUUUGAAUGCUUUUUCAAAAGACCAACCUCCUGAUGACUAUAUGCAUCUUUCAGUUGAUAUUGUAGACACUACAGGAGGGUUGCCCUUAGCCUUGGAUGUUUUGGGUUCUGAUUUAUCUUUCACAAAAGAUAAAGAAGUAUGGAAAAGCAUGCAUCGGUUGUUGAAACAAAAUCCUCAUGAUACUGUCUAUGGAAAGUUAAAGAUAAGUUAUGAUAGUUUGCAAAAUGCUAUUGAGAGAGUCAUGUUUCUCGAUGCUGCAUGCUUUUUUAUUGGAUGGGAGGAAGAAAACGUAAUUUCCAUAUGGGAAGCCUGUGGUUUUGUAGAACCAAGAUGUCGUAUGGAAGUUCUUAAGAGAAAAUCCCUCCUAAAGAUCAAGCAAGCGAAUGUGUUGCACAUGCAUGAUCAGUGUGAAGGAGGUGUGGGAAGGGCAAAAGAGUUGGGGAUGCACGAUCAAAUUCAUGACUUGGGAAGGGCAAUCGUCAACAACGAAAGUCCUACGGAACUUGGUAAGCAAAGCAGGUUAUGGUCUUGUGACAUAAUCAUAAAGGGGAAUGAAAUGGUUGAAGGCAUCCAACUUAGCUUCAGUUCAACAGAAAACAUUUGUUUAGAUACAAAUGCCUUUGAGCAAAUGCCCAAACUAAGAUUACUACAAGUUGAUGGAGCAACCUUAAAGGGGAGCUUUCAAUGUCUUCCUUCUAGAUUAAGUUGGCUCGGAUGGCGAAGAUGUCCGUUGGAUGAAAUACCUGCUGAAUUUUAUCAUGAUGAAUUAAUUAUGCUCGACUUAAGUCAAGGUCAAUUUAAACGAGCUUGGAAUAGUUGGCUUGAAAAUAAGCUGUUUCAACAGUUGAAAGUUUUGAAACUCAGUUGGUGUUUAUCUUUGUCUGAGUCUCCCGACUUCUCAGGAUUUCCUCGCUUAGAGAAGUUGUAUCUGGUCAAUUGCAAUUCUUUGGUUAAUUUACAUGAAUUGAUUGGGCAGCUCCAAGAGCUUGUUUACUUGAAGUUGGAAAGAUGCUCCUCUCUCAAGGAACUCCCAAACAGUAUAUGUAGAUUGAGUUCUCUCCAAACGUUAAUUCUCAACUAUUGCGAGUCACUCAACAAGGUUCCUGAAGACAUUGGUGAAUUAAAAGAAUCUUUGAUUGAGCUUUUCUUGAAGAGAACAAAUAUUGAAGCACUGCCUAAUGGCAUUGAACAGUUAAGGAAGUUAGAGGUAUUGGAUCUUGCAUUUUGCCAGAAACUGGUUAAUGUGCCGAGCUCAAUGGAGAAUAUGACAUCUCUGCGUCAUAUUGAUCUUAGUUUGUGUAGCAAGCUUGAAUGCACACCAAAGUUUCCCUCACACACACAGAUUCAUUAUGACACUUUCAAACUAAACAUGCAAAGGUUGCCAGAGGUAAAAUGGGCUGUAAGCUUCCCUGAAUCUCUUGAUGCUGGAAGCAUGGGCAGAGGCUUGGUGGGGAUUUUCAUUUCAGGGCUUUUGGUGGCUGUGAGUCCUAUUGAGUCUCACGACCCCACCACUCAUGGUUACUCAUCUAGGGGUUUUGAAGGAGUUGAACUUGAACUCAAUGUUGGAUCUUCAAGUUAUGACGUGUUUAUCAACUUUAGAGGCGAAGAUACCCGCAGUAACUUAGUUGGGCACCUUUACAUGGCUUUAAAGGAUCGUGGAAUCCAUGCUUUUAUUGACAGCAAAGAUCUGUGGAAAGGAGAUGAUAUUGAGCCAGCACUACUCCGAGCAAUAAAAGGCUCCAAGCUCUCUAUUGCUAUCUUCAGUGAAAGAUACGCAGAAAGCCGUUGGUGCCUCAGGGAACUCGUUCAGAUGCUGAAAUGCCAUAGAACCAAUGGUCAAAUCAUUUUCCCCAUUUUCUUCAAGGUUAAGACUUCCGACGUCAAGAAUCAAACUGGAUGUUUUCAGAUUUCACCUCAGAAACAUGGCAAGGAAGCGCCCCAAACUCUACAGAGAUGGAAGGACACUCUGAGAGCUGUAGGAAAUAAGAGUGGAUGGGUUUUUGACAACGGGGAUAAAUCAGAGUUGGUCAAGCUAGUUGUUCAAAGAGCUUGGAUCCGAUUGAAUAUGGUUCCCUUGAUUGGUGUGAAACACCCUGUUGGAUUAGAAUCCCGUAUUGAUUAUGUAUUAUCUCUACUGUCAAAAACAAGUUCUUCAGAUGUUCAGUUUCUGGUGAUAAGUGGUCUAGGUGGCAUUGGGAAGACAACAAUUGCGACAGCCAUAUACAACUGCAUCUUUGAAAACUUUAGUAAGAGUUGUUUUCUUGAAGACAUUAGAGAGCAAGCAUCACAACCCAAUGGGAUAGUUUGCUUGCAAGAGAAACUUCUUUACAAUAUUUUUCGGGAACAAAUAAAAAUAUGCAGUUCUAGAGAGGGAUCAAGAUUGAUAAAAGAAAGGCUUGGAAAAAUAGAUAUUCUUCUCAUUCUUGAUGAUGUGGGAAAUCGUAAUCAAUUAAAUGCAUUGGCUGGUGAUCUCAAUUGGUUUGGUUAUGGAAGUAAGAUAAUCCUAACAACUAGAGAUCAGAGCAUUCUAGUUGGAGUUCCUGAAAACAAUAUAUGCAAAUAUGAGCCUAGAGAAUUGAAUGAGGAAGAAAGUCUUCAACUCUUCAGUUCGUAUGCUUUUUCAACGAAUCAACCUCCUGAUGAUUAUAUGCAACUUUCGGUUGAUAUAGUACGCACAACAGGGGGGUUGCCCUUAGCCUUAGAGGUUUUGGGUUCUGAUUUAUCUUUUGCAGAAGAUAAAGAAGUAUGGAAAAGUAUGCAUCGGAUAUUAGAAAAAGUUCCUCAUGAUAAUGUCUAUGAAAAGUUGAAGACAAGCUAUGAUAAUUUACAUGAUUUUGAGAAAGCAAUGUUCCUUGAUGCUACAUGCUUUUUCAUAGGAUGGGAAGAAGAAACCAUACUUUCCAUAUGGGAAGCUUGUGGCUUUGAACCAAAAUACCGGAUAGAAGUUCUCAAAAGAAAAUCCCUCUUAAAGAUUACAAAGUCAAAAGAGUUGUGGAUGCACGAUCAAAUUCGCGACAUGGGAAGGGGAAUCAUCUACAAUCAAAAUCCUAUGGAACCUGAUAAAUGUAGCAGGUUAUGGUCUUUUGACAUAGUCAUGAAGGUAUUAAAUGGUGGAAAGGGGAAUGAAAUAGUUGAAGGUCUCUUCCUUGGCUCUAAUUCAAAUGGAAACACUUAUUUACAUAUCAAAAGCUUUGAGCAGAUGCCCAGGCUAAGAUUACUAGAAAUUGAUGGAGCAAGCUUGGAGGGUAGCUUUUCUUGUCUUCCUUAUGGGUUAAGAUGGCUUAGAUGGAGGAAAUGCCCACUGGAAAAUCUAUCUGCCAAUUUUUAUCAUGAAGAAUUAGUUAUACUUGAUUUAACUUAUGGCUUGUUUAGACAAGCUUGGAAUAACUGGCCUGAAAAUAAGGUGUUUCAACAAUUGAAAACUCUUAAACUCAGUUGUUGUUUGUCUCUGACCGAGUCUCCCAACUUCUUAGGAUUUCCUUGCCUGGAGAGGUUGUAUCUUGAUAAUUGUGCAUAUUUGGCUUAUGUACAUGAAUCCAUUGGGCAGCUCCAACAACUCGUUUACUUGAACUUAAGAUGUUGCUAUUCUCUUAAGAAACUCCCAAACAGUAUAUGUAAGUUGAGUUCUCUUCAAAGGCUUAUUCUUACUCUUUGUAUCUCACUCACAGAGCUGCCUGGAUCCAUUGGUGAUCUAAAAGAAUCUUUGAUUGAGCUUUCCUUGGAUAAAACAAAUAUUAAAGUAUUGCCCGAUGGUGUUGGAUUGUUAAAGAAGAUGAAGGUAUUGGAUCUUUCACUUUGUUAUGGGCUUGUGGUUCUGCCAGAGUCAUUGGAGGCUAUGACGUCUUUGUGUUACAUUGACCUUAGUGGACGUGACAAGCUUCGACGUGUACCAAAGCUGCCCUCUAAUUUAGUGGAACUUCGUAUUCUUUGCAAAUCAUUGGUAAAUUUACCAGUCAUGAAAAACAUGAAAAAGUUGGAGUUAUUGUGCCUCAAAGAUUUUUCUGUGGAAGGGAAAGAGGCAUGCAUUGAAGAAUUUUGGGUAGAAGCGAAGGAGGCAUGGGUAAAAGCGAAGGAGGCACGCAUUGAAGAUUUAUUGGUAAAAAUGGCAGAGCUGGAAAGGCCCUACAUGAUUGAAAGAACUAAAUACGAAUUUGAAACCUGCCUUGUAGUAACAAAUCUUCGCACACGAUUAGAGCUCCUUAACAAAUCCAUAAUAUCAGCAUCUCUCUAUCUAUCUGCAACUGUAAUCUUCAUGGCGUCAUCGUCACGGGAAGGAUCUACAAGCUAUGAUUUGUUUAUCAACUUCAGAGGUGAAGACACCCGCAAUACCUUCGUUGGCCACCUUUACAGUGCUCUCAAGGAUCGUGGAAUUCAUUCUUUCAUGGACAGCAAAUAUCUGUGGAAAGGAGAAGAUAUUGGGCCAGAGCUUCUAAGAGUAAUAAAAGUCUCCGAUCUCUCGAUUGCUGUCUUCUCUGAAAGAUAUACAGAAAGCAAAUGGUGCCUCGAGGAGCUCUCUCAGAUGCUAGAAUGUCAUAGAACCAACCAUCAAUUCAUUUUCCCCAUCUUCUUCAAUGUUAAGACUUCGGACGUUAAGAAUCAGACUGGAUGUUUCGAGAUUUCGCCUCAGAGACAUGGCAAGGAGGCCCCCGACACUCUGCUAAGAUGGAAGGAUGCUUUGCGAGAGGUGGGAGACAAGAGUGGAUGGGUUUUCGAGUCUCCUCGUUGGAUUGGAAUCCCGUGUAGAAUCUGUGUUAUCUCUACUAUCAAAUACCAAUUCUACUGCUGUUCAAUUUAUAGGGAUAUGUGGUCCAGGUGGCAUUGGGAAGACGACCAUUGCAUAGCCGUGUACAAUCGGAUGUUUAGAAAAUUUAGUAAGAGUUGUUUCCUUGAAAAUGUUGGAGAGAGUGCAUCACAAAUCAAUGGUAUGAUUUCUUUACAAAAACUACUUCUCGAAAAGGUCGUCUUUCGAGAGGAAAUAAAAAUAUCCAGCUCUAGAGAAGGAUCAAGUUUGAUAAAGAGAAGUCUUGGAAAGACGGAUACUCUUCUCAUUCUUGAUGAUGUGAGCAAUCAUACCCAGUUAAAAGCAUUGGCUGGUGAUCUCAAUUGGUUUGGUCCUAAAAGUAAAAUAAUCAUAACAACUAGAGAUCAUAGUCUUCUAAUGGGAGUUCCUAGAGAUAAUAGAAAUAUAUACGAGCCUCAAGAAUUGAAUGAGGAAGAAAGUCUUCGGCUCUUCAGUAAAUAUGCUUUUUCAGCUGAACAACCUCCUAAUGAUUAUAUGCAGCUCUCAAUUGAUAUAGUAAGCACUACAGGAGGGUUGCCCUUAGCCUUGGAGGUUUUGGGUUCUGAUUUAUCUAUCAAGAAAGACAAAGGAGUAUGGAAAAGCAUGCAUUGGUUGCUGGAACAAAUUCCUCAUGAUAAUGUUUAUGGAAAGUUAAAGAUAAGUUAUGAUAAUCUGCAAAAUGAUAUUGAGAAAGCCAUGUUUCUCGAUGUUGCAUGCUUUUUUGGAGGACGCGAGGUAGAAAACGUAAUUUACAUGUGGGAAGCUUGUGGCAUUGAAGAACCAAGAUGCCGUAUAGAAGUUCUUGAGAGAAGAUCCCUCCUAAAAAUUAAUGAGUCGAAAGAAUUAUGGAUGCACGAUCAGAUUCGAGGCAUGGGAAGGGCAAUUGUCAACAACCAAAGUCCUAUGGAACCUGGUAAGAGAAGCAGGUUAUGGUCCCGUGACAUAAUUAUGAAGGUAUUAAAAGGUCAUAAGGAGAACGAAAUGGUUGAAGGUAUCAUGCUUAGCUUCAAUUCAGAAGAAAACACUUGUUUACAUACUAAUAGCUUUGAGAAGAUGACCAAACUAAGAUUACUACAAGUUGAUGGAGCAACCUUGAAGGGGAGCUUUCAGUGUCUUCCUUCUGGGUUGAGUUGGCUUGGAUGGCAAAGAUGUUCUUUGGAUGAAAUACCUACUGAAUUUUAUCAUGAAGCAUUAGGUAUACUCGACUUAAGUCAUGGCCAAUUUAAACUAGCUUGGAAUAGCUGGCCAGAAAAUCAGUUGUUUCAACAAUUGAAGGUUCUUAAACUCAGUUGGUGUUCAUCUCUGUCUAAGUCUCCUGACUUCUCAGGAUUCCCUCGCUUAGAGAAGUUGUAUCUUGAUAACUGCAAUUCUUUGAUUAAUUUACAUGAAUCCAUUGGGCAGCUCCAGGAACUCGUUUACUUGAAUUUGGAAAGAUGCUCUUCUAUUAAAAAACUCCCAAAUAGUAUAUGCAGAUUGAGAUCUCUCCAAAAGUUAAUUCUCAGCCAUUGCAUGUCACUCAACAAGUUUCCUGAAUCUAUUGGUGACUUAAAAGAAUCUUUGAUUGAGCUUUCCAUGAAAAACACAAAUAUUGAAGCAUUGCGUCAUGGCAUUGCACUAUUAAAGAAGUUAAAGGUAUUGGACAUUUCAUGUUGCUGCAAAGCUUGUGAAUCUUGCCAAGGUCGACGGCGAAUAUACGAACAAGUGACGCUUUACGGGCCGCCUGUCCUAACGGAUGAGGGCGAUUCGAUGAUCUUAUCGACAGCGGGUUCAUACAUUGUACAUGGUAAGAACACUACCUAGCCGAUGUGGGACAUAAAACUCCUAACCUCUCAACAAAUAAAGCCGCAACACCGCCACACUAGCGAGCAGAAUCAACACCACCAAGGCCACUGUGUCAAUACUUCAAUGGUGGGGUGGUACCAGGGUUAACUCCUCCGCCACCUCUCGACCCAUUCUUGGACAAACGGCUUGAAUCCGUUACUGCUCGCGUGGUGCUCGUUCAAAUGCUCAAAUGGUCAAAUGGUCAAAUGGUCAAAUGGGUUCCUCCUCGUUGAAGGUGAAUGUGUGUGUGGAGCUCAUUUGAGUUUCGAGAAGGGGCAUGUAAUACCUUGUUUCAGCUCUCGGUGCUGGGGGCAAAGCACAGGCAGAGGCUUGGUGGGGAUUUUAGUUUUGGUGGCAGCCCUUGUAGAGCUUCUGGUGGCUGUGAGUCCUAUGAGUCUCACGACCCCACCACUCGUGGUUACUCAGCUGGGGUUUAGAGUGAGUUGAACUCUAUAUCAGUGAGAUCCUUAGUCCCCCUGCCUUUUCUUUUUGGAUGAAUUAGAAAUAGCCUACCCCUAUUUAUUUGGUAUUUUAGUCAAUCAUUUUUUAUUCAUUACUUGAUCUUGUUGGAUUUGCUUGCUAAAUGUAUAUAUUCCAUUUGCCAAUUUUUUUGAGAAUUGAUUUUAGAGUGAAUUGAUCCCAAAAAGAUCCCCAUAUUUGCAAAGCAAAUUCCUGCGCCACUUUGAGUUUGUAUUUGACUUCUUGUGAAUUUUCCGAAGUUUUUUUUGUUAUCAGAAUUUGUUCAUUGAUUGGACUAAGAUUUACUCAUUUUGGGUGAUUCCUGUUGGCUUGAGACCCUUGACUGAAUUGUGGUUUGAUUUUCUUGGCCAGGUAAUCCUUGUUGUGUGAUUCUGAGAUAACCCACAACUCAUGGUUGACUGCUCAUGUUUGAAAUGACUGAAAUUAUGUUAUUUUCUUUACAUGGUCCAUUUGUAGAACUUCUAAAAGGUUUAGUAAAGAGAUUUUUAUUUCUGUUUAAGAUCCAAGGAAGUCCAAGACAGAGUUUACCAAACUCGCCAUGCUUUAGUUAGGAAUAGAUUGGAGUUUGGAGUACAUGGACUGCAUUGCAAUUUAUUAUUUUUCUUUCCAUGAAUUGAAGUCUUUGGCAUUAGUUUAUUAUCAGAUUUUCCAUUAAAUAAAAUGAAUUGGAAAUCUUAUUUUAGAAAAUUUUAGUCUUGAUGAUUCUACAUCUUGGGAGUACUAUUCAAUUUUUGUUUGAUAUAGAUUUCAAUGGGUUGGCACAAUUAGAAAAUUUUCCAUUCUCCUAUUAUGGCUGGAAUUUUAUUUUUGUGGGAUUUUUUUAGUGCAAAGAGGGAACAGUUCUUAUCCAUGAAUUGUGUGAGAUUACAUUAUCAUGUAUACUAUUCAUUUUUCUUGAAUGACUCUGGCUGGAUGUGAAAAUGUAUUUUGUACAUUUUCCUAGAGUUGAAUUCUUGCUUACGUCUCUUUCUUUUUUCCUUGACCCUUACUAAAUUUGAAGGGUGGCUUCUGCUUUUAUAUUUUAAAUUUUCAUUGCUAACUGGUGAUUUUAUUUCUGGCCAAUUUCUUGCUUCUAGCCUUGUAAGGAUUGAUGUUAAAAGUUUGAAUUAUCCCAGUCUCCAAAAAUUAAAAAAAUGUAGUCUCUUAAUAAUCAGCUUCUUGCAGGUGCACAUUGUACAGAGAGGUGCUGUCCGACCUUUGAUUGAGAUGCUCCAGUCUCCAGAUGUACAACGUAGGGAAAUGUAGACCUUAAUUUGCAAUGGGGAGAUUGGCCCUAAUUAAUGUUUUUUUCAUUUCUUGGUUUGGUCUUGUUCAAACCCCUUUACAUCAAAUAAUUAGUCAUGUGUGUUAAAAAUAUUGUUAAUAAGGCAGGUCCUCACUUAGUUCAUGGUAA